AUGACACCAGAGAAAUGGGAGUACUACAACAAGGUAGUAUGGCCUCCAAACUACAUCGUUCCCGAAACAGGCUUACCCAAGUUGAGGGAAGUUUUCCACUGUAGAGAGUCCAUACAUUUCUCCCCAAAACGUAUGUGGCAAGCUUGUCAACUUGUAUGGCGAACAAAUGUUGAUGAAGCGAUAACGCAGCUUAAUUUCCAGCAGAUGAAGAGUUGUACAAUUCUUGCUGAGGUAUUGAGCGAAGCCAAGGAGCGAGCAGAGAAGGAGUUUCACAUAGAAUUUCCGUCAGAUAUGUACGUAGCAGAUGCGUUCCCUAUCCAGUCUAACAUAAUCAAGGGAGCUCGACGGCAUGCUCAUGAGAAUUGGUGUACCAUUAGAUAUCGAUAUAUAAAUGUCUUUGUGAGACUUGAAGAGGGUGAUCCUCCCCCAUUUCGAACAAGAGAAAAACUGAAGAAUGGAUGGGAGCACAUGGAAGCCUACUACGAAUAUCUCAGAUCACGUAGCAAGAAGUAUAGUUUUCAGCACAGUUUUGUCAUGUCCAAUACUGCUGUAAUUUAUGAUAUGGUGAAUGUUAAAAAAGGCGUGUUAGUCACUUGUGAUCCAGCCAUGCGACAACUUUUAAUGCAUUUGGACGAGUCAAGGACUUUAGGAAGCAAGUUCAUUGUUAAGCAACAUAUCGUGGUUGCUCGUGUAGGGGGUUCUAUAGUCGAUUAG